UCACAAUGUCAAAGUCAGAUCACCCUCCAAGUUAUGAAGAGUCAAGAGAACAGCAGCAUGGAAACUAUCCAUUCCCUCCCUAUGGAUAUCCAGCCCAGCCAGGGGUGUACACCGGCCCGGGGCAGCCUGGCAUACACCCCCAGGCGGGGCUUUGGCAGGGCCCUGGAUACUACCCUUCAGCAAUGCCAUCUAUGAUGCCGUCCCUUAUAACACCAGGGAUAUUUUCCUCCAACCUAAGAGAUGUGGAGGGCAUUUCAGCAACUGGUGUAUGGGACAGCAUGAGUGUUCGACAUGCCUUCAUUAGAAAGGUUUACCUUAUUUUAGCCGUCCAGCUGUUCAUCACCGCUUCAAUCAUUGCGGUGUUUACAUCUGUUGAGCCUGUGCGUCUUUUUGUGGUCCAGAAUCCUGCCAUUUAUUGGGCAUCAUUCCCGGUGUAUCUUGUUACGUACCUUAUGCUGGUUUGCUGUGAGGGGCCGAGGAGACGUCAUCCAUGGAAUUUAAUACUCCUGUUCGUUUUUACCCUUACAUUAUCUUACAUGACAGGAACAAUAUCAAGUUAUUUUGACACCAAAGCUGUGUUCCUAGCCCUGGGGAUCACAGCAAUAGUGUGUAUAAUCGUCACAAUCUUCUGUUUUCAAACCAAGGUUGACUUCACCUCUUGUACAGGUCUGCUCUGUGCCCUUUGUGUGGUUCUUCUGGUGAUCGGCAUUAUUACAUCCAUUGUACUCUCCUUUCAGUAUGUGCCGUGGCUGCAUAUGCUGUAUGGUGCUUGUGGAGCAAUAGUCUUUACCUUGUUUUUGGCUUACCACACUCAGUUGCUCAUUGGAAACCGAGCGAACACCAUCAGCCCUGACGAAUAUGUCUUCGGAGCUCUUUCUCUCUAUGUUGAUAUCGUCCAGAUCUUCAUCUUCCUCUUGCACAUCACAGGAGGCUCUUCAGAGUAAACAGACUAAUGCGCAUGAGCAUUUCUGUCUCAAACACUGAUCUUCCUUUGAGCUUAUCUUGACUUCUUCAAUCACAUGCAUAUCAAAUAUCACCUUCGACACUGUUAUAAACAUGAUUUUAUUGUGUUACUUUAAUUUUUUUUUUUUACAGAGGUUGCUCAUUCUUUUACUAAGUUGAUUGUUACUUUAUUUUUAAUAAGCACUUUAUUUAUUUAUUUUUACUUUCCACCUGUUUAUUUGCAUUUUGAAGAACCUGCUAUAAAAGAUCUAAAACAGCUGCACUGUGAUUUGAUGAUAUCGAUAUUUAGUCUAUAACCUAAAGGGAAAUAAAAUUAAGAGAAACAGUAAACAAAUUCAUGAUGACUAUUGGCCAUAAAACAGGAAAUGUUUGAAGGGUGGUGCACUAGGUUAAGGUUACUUAAGGGGAAGUCAUGGCCUAGUGGUUAGAGAGUAUAACUCCUAACUCUAGGGUUGUGGGUUCAAGUCUCGGGCUGGCAAUACCAUGACUUAGCAAGGCACCGAACCCUGCACUGCUCUCUGGGUGCUGCAGCAUAAACGGCUGCCCGCUGUGUGUGUGCACUUUGGAUGGGUUAAAUGCAGAGCACAAAUUCUAUGGGUCACCAUACUUGUCUGAAUGUCACUUCACUGUAAUUAAGACUGUGGACCAUUUUGUUUUUGGACCAAACAUCUGUAGGGUUUUUUUUUUCAUACAAUGGAAGUCAAUGCUCACCAAAAUUCUUAAAAACAUAUUCUAUGUUCCACAGAAUAAAAUCAUACAGGUUUACAAUAAUAUGAGGGUGAGUAAAUGAUGACAGAAAAUGUACCAAAAGCACUACACUGGAAUUACACAACAGAAAGUAAAGUUGGGGAAUCACCUAGGA